GCUAUGGCUUUGUGGAUUUUGACAGCCCUGCGGCAGCCCAGAAGGCUGUGGCCUCGCUCAAAGCCAGUGGAGUCCAGGCACAGAUGGCGAAGCAACAGGAGCAGGACCCCACAAACCUCUACAUUUCCAACCUGCCGGUGUCGAUGGAUGAGCAGGAGCUGGAAAACAUGCUGAAGCCCUUUGGUCAUGUUAUUUCCACGCGGAUACUGAGAGACGCCAACGGUCUGAGCAGAGGAGUCGGCUUUGCUAGGAUGGAGUCGACGGAGAAGUGCGACGUGGUGAUCCAGAAUUUCAACGGCAAAUUUCUGAAAACCCCUCCAGGCAUGACAGCUCCUGCGGAGCCCCUGUUGUGCAAGUUUGCUGAUGGAGGCCAGAAGAAGAGGCAGAGCCAGGUUAAAUAUCCCCAGAAUGGACGACCGUGGACAAGAGAAGGAGAGAGUGGCAUGGCAUUAACAUAUGACCCCACAACAAUGCAGAAUGGCAUCUCCACCAAUCGGAUGAUUGCACAGACAUCAAUCACACCCUUCAUUGCUGCCUCCCCUGUCUCCACAUAUCAGGUCCAGAGUACAUCAUGGAUGCCACAUCAACAGUAUGUUAUGCAACCUACAGGCGCCGUGAUCACCCCAGCAACGGCCAUAGAGCCCAGCUUGUCUCUUCACCCAUCCAGUGUCAUGGCUCCUCUCACCCAGCAGAUGAACCACCUCUCUCUGGGCCCCACAGGCACCUACAUCUCUGCUGCAGCGGCUGCUCCUAUGCAAGGAACCUACAUUCCCCAGUACACUGCAGUGCCUGCCUCUGCUAUUACAGUGGAUGGUGUGGUGACAGACCCAUCUCCACAGACAACUGCCCCCUCCUCACAGGAUGCCAGCGGGCAGCAGCCUUUAUCAGUGGAGAGUUCAGCAGACCAUGCCACAGCCUACUCCUACCAGCAGACAAAGUAGCUGGUGGGAGUCAUUGUUGCAAUGCCUUCAGAAGGACUGCACGAAGGAGCCGGAGACAGACGGAGAAUCAAAACAAGACAGAGGACA